CAAGCGAUAUUCGUCGAAAAGAAUUCUAAUAUUCGUCCUCUCUAAUUUGGUUUUAAAAAAAAUGGAUAAUAAAGUUACACAAGUCAAUAAUUAUCAGUGUAAAAAUGUGAAAAAUCAAUACAUUGCAGCGGUUGCAGCAAAUAUAAUUUUUCUUGGACAUGGAUCUAUGAACGGUUGGUUAUCGCCAGCGUUGCCUUUGCUCUUGUCGGAAAGUACACCAUUAAAAACUGGAGUAUUAACGAAUGAAAUGUUAUCGUGGUUGGGAUCUAUAAGUGCUCUUGCUGGACUUUUGGGAACAUUCAUGUUUGGAUUCAUUAUAACAUAUUUGGGCUGUAAACGGUCAAUGUUGUUGCUAUCAAUACCAUGUCUUUCGUUUUGGGCGUUAGUCUUUUUCGGUGACACAUACUAUCAUUUAUUGCUAGCACGAUUUUUCAACGGCAUAACAGGAGGUGGCAUCCAGUCUUCGAUGGUCUUAUACAUUUCGGAAAUAGCAAAUAACAACAUCCGUGGACGACUCAAUAGCAUUUCUCAUAUGUCUAGAAACAUUGGUAUUUUAGGUGGUUACAUUUUGGGCGCAAUUCUUCAAUACAAAACGAUUCCGUGCGUAUUUGCAUUUGUUCCAAUCGUUUUUAGCGUUUGGUUCUAUUAUUUGCCAAACACACCACAGUUUUAUCUUCAAAAAUCCCAAUUGAAGCGAGCUGAAGACUCGUUAAAAUUUUACAAAGGUCUCACUGAAAACAAUGUAAACGAAGCUGUUGCGUUCAAUGCUGAAUUUGAGCGCCUUAAAUCGAUUGCAAAAGACCGAAAAAUGGAUGAAAAAACACCAUUGAACGAUAUUUUUGAGAAGCAUGCACUAAAAGGAAUUAUGAAUGGAAUAAUUCUAUCGAGUUUGGCUCAUUUAUCUGGAUUUUUGGUUUUUAUUACUUAUGCUGCGCAUAUUUUUGAACAAGUUGGUGCUUCUCAAGUUGAUCCAUAUAUUUCAUCAAUUGCUAUAGCGGUUGUUCAGCUCAUUGGCACUCUAUGUACAACACGAUUUUCUGAUUCAAUGGGCAGAAAAGCGUUAUUGAUCAUCUCUUUAUUAGGAUCUGCAUUUGGACAUCUUUCAUUUGCUUCAUAUUCUUAUUUGAGUCACAAUGGAUAUGAGUUGUCAGCAUUUGAAUGGGUUCCAGUCGUUAGCUUAUCGUUCGUUAUUUUUAUUGCGUCCUCUGGAGUUGUACCACUAAUGUUUCUUUGCAUGGCAGAGAAUCUACCCUCAAAGGUUCGAACCAUUGGCGUUACCGUGUGCAACGUUUUCAUGAAUUUAGUAUCUUUUGCCUGCCUAAAACUAUUUCCAGUUUUGAUGGCCACACGAAUUGGUCUGCAUGGAUGCAUGAUUAUAUUGGCGACUUUCUGCAUAUGUGGUUCAUUAUACGUACAUUUUGUGGUCAAAGAAACAAAAGGAUUUCACAAUCAAAGCAAUAAGUUAAAUAUGAGUAAUUAAUUUGAGUUUUGAUUUAAAUAAGAUAGGCACUUUCAUCAUCGUAAAUAAGUGGCCUCUCAGAAAAUCACAGCAUAUCAUAAUUUUAGUCCACGGAUCAGGCCCAGAUCUCCAUAUUACCCUCGAUCGAUCAACUGAAAAUCACAACAUUCCAUAAGCUUUUUGACAUUUUGUAUAUAUCGAAAUUGUGAUAAAUGAUAAUAAAUUCUAAUCAGAAUGUUUGUUCAUCUCGAAUAUAGGCAUAUCGAUGGAUUCGAUUGGUUCCAACGGGAAGAAAAACAUCGAAAACAGCUAACGAAAUAUGAAUAAAAAUGUGAUUUUUGUUUGUCUGCAUAAAUCAUAGUCUGUUCCAAAACAAAUACAUACCUCAUUGUGGUGAUCUUAUCACUUUCCAAAACAAUAAUAAUAUUUAUCUGAAAUAGCUUACAAUAAAGAUUAAGUAAACAAUGAGAA